UUUGACCUGGAAAAAGUCCUCGAAAUUAAACUAGAACCCCCCUCCCUUUCAGUCACCGCAUCUCUAUCCCUCCCACCACUCCCACUCCACACCUCCUUUCUUUUGCUUAGUUGACCGACCUCACUAGUCACUCCUCCCCUCUCUUUCUCUCCCUAUAUAACCCUACGCCCUCUCUCUCCUCCAACCCAUUCCAUCUCACAACAACAACAACCCAAUUGGGUAACAACUCCAUUUCAUCAAUCAAUUUUUCAAAGCUUUAUUUUAAUCUGUCAUGGCCUUGCAGGCUCUCAACUCCCCAAACACCGCCUCUCUCGGCGGCUUCGAAGAGGCGGAGCCUAACCGCAACAUGAACCACCACCUCGCCGCGAAACGUAAGCGCUCCAAGAGGCCGCGCUUCGAGGACUCGCUUUCCGAAGAGGAGUACAUGGCUUUCUGUCUUCUCUUGCUUGCUCGUGGCGGCACCACCAACGCCACCGACACCACCGCCCAACUGCCGCCGCAUCCCCCUGCUGCUUCUUACAGGUGUGUUGUCUGCAGCAAGACUUUCGGCUCCUACCAGGCUCUUGGGGGCCACAAGGCUAGCCACCGUAAGUCUGACGCCACCUCCGCCGUCUCCGCCGUCUCCGCCGCCGUAACCGCCACCGUCAAGACUGAAAUCCCCGCUGUCACCGCCGCGAGUGGUGGGAGGACCCACGAGUGCUCCAUCUGCCACAAGUGCUUCCCGACCGGGCAGGCCUUGGGAGGACACAAGCGCUGCCACUACGACGGUGGCAGCAGCACCGCCAACAGCGCCGUCACGACUGUUUCCGAAGGCGGCGGUGGAUCCUCCAGCCACGGCCAGUGCCAGACUCAGAGCCAGCGUGGGUUCGUACUCGACCUGAACUUGCCUGCUGAGCCGGAAGUGCUACAAGUGUGGACCGGGUUCGACAAGAAGAAGAGUACUCAAGCCUCCGCCGAGCAGGAGGAGGUGCAGAGUCCGAUGCCGGAGAAGAAGCCGCGUCUGACAUUGGGGCCUGAGUGAAUUUGGACUAUAUGUAUUUGGUGAAUUACAGAAAUGUUUGUAGUAGUGUGUUCUAUCAAUUGGGGGUGGUGUACAUAGAAUUUAAUUUCAUUGGUUCGUUUCGUUCUUGUGAAAAUCAUCGUGUUGGUUCUUUGAUUCGAUUUUGGGUAUGGGUUCAAUUUGUUCAUUGUUGCUCUACACCCCAUUACCAAUUCACUCGACUCAAGGUACGUAGGACGACCAUAAUCAUUUGGUCUAGCUGCAUAUUAGUUUCGUUAGGUUCUUAUUGGAAUUUGACUAUCGUAUUUGUUUAUCGAUUAACAUCUAAAGGGGUGUGAUGUACGGAUCUACGCUUGAUGCGUGAAGUACGUAGGGAGACCAUGUUAGUGUAGGGUUUGAGUGAGUGGUGCAUUAUAGAUCGAGUUGCCGAUGAAACAGAGAAGCCUCUCGCCUCCCAUGUGGUUCAUGCCUUUAAUGCACAUGUUAGCAAUCAUAAUACACUGCACCACAGCCAUAUUUCAAUAGGCCUUUGCGUGGCUUAGAACACUUCGUCGUUUAAUCUAAUAAAUUUGGUUACUUGUACCCA